CACCAAUGAAGUCAAAUGCUUAGAAGUAUGCUUUUUAGUGCAGUACCCAAGCUCAGAAGGCUUCAAGCUAUAUAAAAAAAUAAGGAAAAGGAACAGACGCACUAAGUGCUUUUGCUAUCUGCAACAGGAAGCACGCGGAAAACAAAAUAACCACCAACCAAUCUGACAUCACAACUUCAAAUAGCAAGAGCUGUUACUCGGCAGCUCGCGCUUGCUGUUGCUGCAAAUUCCGCCUGCCAAAGAAAGCUCACAACGUCAAGCGUCUCAUCUGGAGUUUGAUUUUACUUUGGGAGAUUUGGCUACAAAGCUAAAGCCAUCAGGAUAAUGAAUGUUCCUCACGAAGACUGCAAGACACCUGCCAUGUCAUAAGAAGGCGCACUGCUUGAAAGCACAGGAACCAUGAGACUGGAUUUACCCUCAGAAAGCUUUCACAAUGCAGCAAUGAAAUGGAUCACUCUGCUUCAGUCUUCAUAGAUUGAUGGAUAAGUAAUUUUUUAUGCACAAAUGCUAACGAUUACAUCAUGGGCAACACUUUUAAAACUGCACCAGCAGAGGCAGCAUCAGCUGUUCCAGAUUCCAAUACAGACAGCAACGACGUGUUGGUUACAAUUUAUGACUACCCACCACCAACGAUAAGCCAACCAAUCUUCAGGAUGGGGGAGAAGCUGCGCAUUGUAGCCGAAGAAGGUGAUUGGUGGAGAGUAAGGUCCAUUAUGGCUGGACAUGAGAACUACAUCCCUCGUGCCUGUGUGGCUCGUGUUUACCAUGGCUGGCUCUUUGAAGGAAUCGGAAGACGAAAGGCAGAAGAGUUACUGCAGCUGUCUGGCAACAGAGUAGGUUCCUUCUUGAUAAGGCAAAGCGAAAGCCAAAAAGGUACAUAUUGCCUCUCUGUCAGGCACUACAGUGAUGCACGUCAGAAAUUUGUAAAGCACUAUCGGAUCUUCCGCUUACCAAAUAGGUGGUAUUAUAUCCAAGAACGCCUCACUUUCCAGUGCCUAGAAGAUCUGGUAAACCAUUAUUCUGAGGUAGCAGAUGGCCUGUGCUGUUUGCUGACCCACCCUUGCCUGGCUCAGCUCAGCCCUGAAUGUCCUCCUGAACAGCCAGUUGUCCUACGUAACAGUAACUUCAGCUGGAGAAAUGUCAACAGGGCUGAACUGCUGAGCGACAACUUGUCAGCCAAAGAUGAAACCUUCCUCAGUUACGGGCUGCGACACAGUAUUGCAUCGUACAUGAGCUUGUCACAGUUGGAUGACACCUCAAUUGCUGGUGGCAACAAGAAGAAAUGGCAUCAAUCUGUAAGAUCCAGUGCUCAGAACCGGCACAGCUGCCUUCUCACUUCGCCACUAGGAGAACAAUAUGAGGAUGACUUUGAAUAACUUGUGCCCCUUGCCUGCUUGUGAAUUACUUGUACUUAAGUGAGCUGUUAAGUGAUGUGCCAGAGACUCUCACCAUUCCAUCACAAAUCACAUUGUUGUGGACCAGGAGAGGUGAUUGCUCUCCGUGUCUUUUCAUUGAUUUUUAAAACAGUUUAUUUGCAUCUUCAGAUAACUAUGUUGGUGCACAGGUGUUCACGCAAGAGCUCUCCCACCUACCCCAGGAUUUCUGCUUUGUAUAUAUGAUUAUUUAAGUUGCAUAACAGUAUCUAUUUUCCAUGUCAAAAUCCUAUUCCUGUUCAAUGGGAAUAAUUUAGUGAAAGUUUUGAUGCAGUGCAGAACAUUGUGCCUCGUCUCUUUUAACAUUGUGAAUUUCGACAGCUUACUUGUGGGGUUAUGCAGUAUGUGAUGUUCUCUGCCUUCUUCUGAAGGGGUUAAUCCAAACUUUGGACUAGAAAGUCAGCUGUGGCCACAUCUGACCUCUGAUUGGUAAUACAUCCAUAUUCUUCUGACAUUCUAUAGGUGAAAACUUAAAUUGUUUUGAUAUUGGGAAAGGAUGAAAUAAGUGUGACUGUCAUAUGCUCCAUUGUCAAUUAGCUUGAUAACACUCAUUCAGAGCACUGCCUAAGACCAAGUUGGAUAUAGGGACCUUGUUGUACAAACAAUGCAAGUUUUCUCUUCAAUUCAUCUGACCUUUACCCAUACGAUUGCAAGGUAACUGCAAAAAUGGACAAGGGCAUAACCAUACAUGUGAGGGACUCUAAGUCCAAAAAAUAAAAUUUACUUUUACAAAGUGGCCAAUAGAAAUGUAAGAGGCAAUGGAAGCAUCACUUGCACAUUGGAGUCUGACCACACCACACCACACAAACUAUUUUCAAUUUAGAAAUUUAAAAGGGGUUGGUUUUUUCUCUUGUGAUCGUCACUGUAUAUUUUAGCAGCCUGCUUCAUCUAAUAAGGCUCUUGCUUCCCCACUCAAGAGUCAUUGGCACACAAAUUAACACACAGGCACAAGCACACACAUCAACACUAAUACAUGUCUACACACAUCAACAGACCAACAUACACCAACAACUAUGCUGAUACGCAAUGCAUGCACACUCCUAUAGUCACGCAUGCACACUCCUAUAGUCACACACGCACACACACAUUGUCCUCAGAUCAAUAGCAGUAACAAUGUGUUUAUAUAACAGCAUCAAUGGGUUGUACUCAGCUUCCAAAGAGGUUUCAUGGACUGAUCUGAUGAAUUUCUACAGAGGGGCUGAUGUGUUUAUCAGGAAAUGAUCAUUCCUUAAAAUAUCAAAGAAAUCAGUAUUCUUAACUUAAAUAUCAAAUGUACAACAGGUGUUCUCAAAUCAUAAGGUAUAAAGACUAUUAUUGAAUUAUUACCAUUUAUG